CCAGCCAGCCCCCCUUGCACCUAUCUAUAAGUACAACCCCUCAACAGAGACAUGAGGGUGCAAGGUUGGUUGUCCCCUUGAAUUGCUGCCUUUCCUCGUCACUCUCUCUCAUCUCCUCCAUCGAUCCAAGCACGAAACCGCCCAGAAACCUACUGCCCUCUUCACACCUAGCUAGAGCUAGUGUGAUUAACCAACGGGUUCUCCCCCCGGCAUACCCAACAAUUCGAUUGAUCCAUGGAGGGGGGCAGCAACAGCCCGGACAGGCAGUCGUCGGGCGGCAGCCCGGACGAGCGCCGCAGCGGAGGGAGGGGGGCGGGGGAGCCGGUGCGCUCGCGGUGGACGCCCAAGCCGGAGCAGAUACUCAUCCUCGAGUCCAUCUUCAACAGCGGCAUGGUCAACCCGCCCAAGGACGAGACCGUCCGCAUCCGCAAGCUGCUCGAGCGCUUCGGCGCCGUCGGCGACGCCAACGUCUUCUACUGGUUCCAGAACCGUCGUUCCCGCUCACGCCGCCGCCAGCGCCAGAUGCAGGCCGCAGCCGCCGCGGCCGCAGCAGCAGCAGCAGCAGCCUCCUCCGCCACCGCCAAUAGCUUGCCGGCUGCUAGCGCCACCAUCGGUCUUCCAUCCGGCACCGGCUCCGUUCACCCCAUGGCAAUCGGUGGGUGCGCGAGCCAGUACGAGCAGCAGGCGACCUCGUCGUCCUCGUCUGGAAGCACGGGAGGCUCGUCGCUGGGGCCUUUCGCGGCGCACGGCGCGGGGGUGCCGGGUGCCGGCGUUGGGUACCUGCAGGCAUCGUGCGGGACAUCGUCGCCGCUGGCGUCAGGGCUGAUGGCGGACGUCGACACCGGCGGCAGCGACGAUCUCUUCGCCAUCUCGCGUCAGAUGGGAUUCGUUGGGAGCCCCGCCGGACCCUCCUCCUCGGCGCCGAGCACCGCUGUGCAGCAGCAGUACUACUCGUGCCAGUUACCGGCAGCGACGAUCACGGUGUUCAUCAACGGAGUCCCAAUGGAGGUCCCGAGGGGUCCAAUAGACUUGCGAGCCAUGUUUGGCCAGGACGUGGUGCUCCUCCACUCCACCGGGACCCUCCUCCCAGUCAACGACUAUGGCAUUCUGAUUCAGAGCUUGCAAAUGGGAGAAAGCUAUUUUCUGGUCUCGAGGCAAACUUAAAAGUCCAGUAUAUAAUAGAUAGAUAGAGAUCUCUACUCAAGCCUCACUGGAUCAGAUCGAUGCAUGGGGCGACAGGGUGCAGUUCUUCAACCAUCAUAACGGGAUGAUCUGUUGCAUGCAAAUCAUAUAUCCACCGUGAAGCAAGCUAGCUACAUAGUCAAGGUUGGAGGGCCUAAUAAACCCGGACGGGCGUAGUACCUGGCUAGGACAAUCAAGUAAUUAAAAAUUUCAAAACAGUGGUAGUAUAUUUGUAUUGCACCAUCAGCCAAGUUCUACGUGAAAAAGCGGUAGACUUUUCUGUUAAGGCUCUUAAGCAAGUGGAGUUCGACCGGCUUACGGUUGCUCCUAAAUCGCCUAUAUUUGUGGACCCCUUAGUGUCAGAUGAGGAGGAUGAGGAGUCUGAUGCCAACCAUGAAGGCAAGCUCCUUUCCCAUCUGAUUAAAGACACAACUGAAGUAGACUUGGAA